GCGAUACUCCAAGUUUCCUCGUAUAACAAUGUGACCCUAUGAGUUGGGGUUCGGAGUUCUGUCUUCCGGAUCAUUUUAUGUCAUGAAGACGGAUUCAUGCAGGGUGGGUUCUCAAUGCUCAAUUCCAGCUCUCUCGCACAAGACUGCAUUCUAGUUCUCAUGUGCACUCCUGUAAUCUAACACCCAUUUCCUUCUAGAUACAGAUGUUGAUCUGAUGCCGAUUUUAUCAAGAAGUCAUGCGCCGGAUUCAGAACCCCACAACGUACCGGACGCAGCUGAUCAUCGCGGCGAUGGUGGCCGUCUUGGCCUUCGCGGCGCCGCUGAUCUCCCGCUAUAUCUCGCCAAGCGCCAGCUCUACCCUGUCGCUGAUCCGAGCCCUCGUCCCAUUUUCCAACGGGACAAUCUCAGCCGCAGAGCAGCAGUUCGCGUGCCGGCCACACGCCUACACCACCGAGAUCGUCUCCCUCGACCCCCUGCUCAUAUACAUUCACGAGUUCCUCGCGCCGGCCGAGAUCGCCGCCCUGCUCGCGGCCGGCGAGCCCGAGUUCGCGCCCUCCGAGGUGACCAAGCGCAACCGGAAGCAGCACACCGCGGACCGCACCUCGCAGUCGGCGGGGCUCCCGCCGGGCGACCCCGCCGUGCGCUGCGUGCUGUCGCGCGCCCAGCAGUUCAUGGGCGCCCUGCUCGACCCGGCCCGGGGCGAGAUCGGCCCGCCGCAGCUGGUCCGCUACACGGCGGGCCAGCGGUUCAACGUCCACCACGACUGGUAUGAGAGGCCGCAGCCGGCGAAGCGGGAGAAGAUGGGGCUGGGGAGGAGCUGGAACAGGGUUGCGAGCUUCUUCGCCGUGCUGCAGGAUGACUGCACGGGCGGCGAGACGCACUUCCCGUACGUUGAGCCGGUGAGGCGCGACAGUAGGACGGGGAUCGGAGAGGGCGGGGUGUGGUUUGAACGGGAUGCGGAGAGUGGAGGAGGCGUUGCGUUCAAGCCGGUCAAGGGAAAUGCUUUGUUUUGGGUCAAUCUGCACGCGAACGGAACUGGCGAUGAGAGGGUUAUGCAUGCCGGACUGCCGUUGGGCGACGGGCUCAAGACGGCUAUGAAUAUCUGGCCCAGGCAGUAUUACCCUUGAGUGUAGGGACAGGCAGGCAGUGGACGCAAGAGCUGGUGUAGGUUGCUUGACUAUUACCUUUUGUCGAUACAGAUAGUGUCACUCCUAAUGAACGUUUUAUGAUAUUAGACUCAUAUCCGAAUACUUUGAGUCGCUCAGACGCAUCAGAGCUUUCUGGUUGGUGUUCUGCGUAAAUAAUGGUGUAUAAAUUUACAGAUUGCAAGUUGAAGGGUAGCGAACUCGCGUCCAUGGCUUGGCAGGG